AAGUGGUAUCAAUGUGUUUCUCAACAGCCGUGACUGACGGGGUCAUCAUUAUCGUAGAUGCAUGAUCUGUGCAACGUAGCGUACAUAUAUCUAUAUCUCCGCUUAGUAGUCCUACUACCCGCAGUGUACAUGUACAUGUACGUAUGGUGCAAUGCUUGGACAACCUGUGGUGGCAGAGUGAACGAACGCUGUGUAACCAGCUCAUUCAGCCACUACUCGAUAAUGCGCAACACGUAGUUGGCGCGAUUGCAUUGCUCACUGCACUAUUUGCUGGGCGAGGGUCAUGACAGCGGUACUAACACACUGAGUAGGUUCGUUUCUUGGUCAGUUCAAGGGCCAUCCUGCUCCCAUCGCGCAGAAUCCGUGCCUGCGGUGCUUCUACAGGCGUUGCACAUUGUGUUUGCUUAAUUGUGAAUAUGUCGUGUUCCUGAAGCUCCAUACACGCACCUCCUUCAGUGGUAAUACAUGUGUUGCUAAUGGAGUCAUUGAAGUCGUAGAUACACGCCAUCGAUGAAGUCGAGUGGUGAAGCGGCGGCCUGUGUGUGUGUGACCCGCUGAAGGAUGACAGGCAAAGGAUCAAGAACCACACUGUAACGGCUCAGUAGAGAAGGUGGUCUUGAAUAAGAUGUAAUACCCCAGAGCUAGCACAACAAUAGAGCUUGUGGCGAGAUUACAACACGUACAGCAACCGACUCGUUUACUGUUUAGUGCUAAUCCGUGAAUAUUUCGAUUUUCUUUCAGUGUAGAAGCUCAGUAGAUAUAGCACGGGAGAUCACAUACGCUAAGGUUGUCCAUAGGGUAGUUGCACUCAAAGUGCUUUCCCGUUAAGGCGGAUUCAAGGACGCAAUAAUGAGGUAAUGGGUGCCACGGAAUACCAAAUGCCUGCCAUCACCGCUAAGGUGCUUGUUCUGUUCUUGACAUACGUGGUCACAAGAUCGAGGGUCGUCGCUGUCCAAAAUGAAGCCGCCCCUCGACCGUCUACCAAAAGGGACGUUACUAUCACGAUGGCGGUGUUGCUUCCGGAAUGGCCGCUUAUGUACACGGACAGACGUUACCCUUACUUCAAGCAGAUGAUGUCACCGGCCCUGGACAUCGCCCUGGAGAAGUACGACCGCAUCGUGCCUGGGGUCUCCAACGUCUCCAUUUUUCACGCCAACACGGACUGUGACGUAGCCCUCACUAUGAUUUCCACCGUAGACAUCAGACUCGAAUUUCAAGCCGAUGUGUAUAUCGGUCCGGUCUGCGAGUACGCCACAUCACCCACAGGUCAAUUUUUAGCCCACUGGGGUACACCCUUAUUAACUGUCGGGGCACAGGCCCUCGGAUAUGACAAUAAGUACCAAUAUAAAACCUUAACUCGUCUUCAGGGACCAUUUUCGAAAAUGGCGAGGUAUAUACGGGACUACUUUAUUUAUCAAAAUUGGAACAGUACGGCAUUCUUGUAUGAAGAUUCUGACACGAAUUACAGGGAUUGCCACUUUGGUGCGGGGGCAGCAUAUUUUGCUCUUAGAGAGAGUGGUUUUCAAACACCAGAGGCGGUCAGCUUUAAGGAAGAAGAACUUGAAGACAGGCAAAAUAUAUUCAGGUGGCUUCAAGACUACAUUAGACCACUUGCCAGAAUUGUGGUCAUGUGUGCAUCGGGAGACUCCAUCCGCAAAAUCAUGCUAGCUGCCCACGAGCUGGGCAUGACCAACGGGGAGUACGCCUUCUUCAACAUCUUCCUCUUCGACAGCAAGUACUUCGGGGACGUCAGCUGGGAGCGUGGUGACAAGAAUGACGCUGCUGCCAAGGAGGCUUACCGAUCCCUGAUGACCUUCACCUUGCGUAAGCCAGAGACGCCUCAGUUUAAAGCCUUCGCCACCCAGGUCAAGGAGCGGGCUUUGAAGCAGUACAACUUCAGCUUUGAUGCACUUGGAGAAGAGGUCAACACCUUUGUUGGGGCCUUUCACGAUGCCGUCAUCCUAUACGCCUUGGCACUGAACGAGACCCUGGAAGCUGGUGAGAACCCUCGCGACGGACAGGCGCUUACUCACCGGAUGUGGAACAGGACUUUCGAAGGAAUCAUGGGCAAUGUUACAAUUGACGCCAAUGGGGAUAGAGAAGCCGAUUACUCACUCCUUGAAAUGACCGACAUCGAAAACGGCGUAUUCACGGUCGCUGGCUAUUACGAUGGGGUAGCUAAAAAGUACACACCUGUCCCGGGCGUGGUUAUCGAUUGGCCCGGGCCGACCCCGCCCAAAGAUGUACCAGACUGUGGCUUCAAGGGAGAAUUCUGCAUCGAAGAGGAGGACAAUAACCCUACAGUCAUGAUCAUGAUGAUAACAAUGGCAGUAGUAGUCGUCUUGGCUGUGAUAAUCAUUAUCUAUGUUGUCAGAAAGUACAGACUAGAAAUGGAGUUGGCCAACAUGGUUUGGAAGAUCAAGUGGGAAGACAUCACCUUUAACAACAAGAUGGACAAACAGCGGAAACUUACGGGCAGCCGGCUGAGCCUUGGUUCGGGUGAGUCUGGACAAAGCGUAUGGGGAGGAAAUCAACAAAUCUUUACAGUUACUGGUUACUACAAGGGAAACAUCAUAGCAAUCAAGAAGGUCAACAGAAUCCGAGUGGAGCUGACACGAAACGUUCUGAUUGACUUCAAGCAUAUGCGGGACAUUUCUCACGAUCACGUGACGAAGUUUAUCGGUGCCUGCAUCGACCCACCAAACAUCAGCGUGAUGACUGAGUACUGCCCCAAGGGCAGUUUGCAGGAUAUUUUGGAAAAUGACUCCAUCGAGUUGGAUGACAUGUUCAAGUAUUCCCUAUUGUAUGACAUAGUCAAGGGCAUGUAUUAUCUCCACAACAGCGUGAUACAAACACAUGGGAACCUCAAGUCCUCGAAUUGUGUGGUCGACAAUCGCUUUGUGGUCAAGAUCACCGAUUUUGGGCUGCACUCCUUCCGUGAACCGGACCACCCGUUUGAGCCUGACGAGGACGAUUCUUUCCAGUAUUAUCAGAAUCUUGUCAAAUCUAACUGUUUGUCCGACUCUGCGCAUUUGGACCCACAGUCACGUACCCCAUUUUGCAACAUGAUGGAUAACAUGAUUAUGUCUGACAAGAACCUUGGAAACUGCACCAUACCGCCUAUUUAG